GAUCACUGUGCAACCAGAACACCCGCUCCUCUUGAUUCCAACAGUGCAGGAGUGUGCAACAUGAAUAAUCAGAAAAUGGUGAGCUGUCUUUUGCAAGAAUGCAAGCAAAUGCUGGAGCAGCCCUCACUUAUUAUGGAAGACCAGCCCAAGGAAAGCAAGAAGCAACUCUUCGGAGCUUCACUCCCUGCUGAUUUGAGGACCCUCAUCGAAGAGGCCAAGGAAAUGAAGUGGCCCUUUGUGCCAGAAAGGUGGCAAUACAAACAAGCCAUAGACCUUGAAGACAAAACAAAUUUGCAAGAUAUGAUCAAUGCAAGGCUGCAUGAGUUACUGGUUUGCUUAAAAAUCUCCAUUGCCAACAGAGACUAUCUGACAGCAACAGCUAUUGCGUUCCUGGUUGACCGAUUUCUAUACUGGGUUGAUGGUUCCAGCCAGCUUCUUCAAAUUGUCAAACGGCUGCAUCAGCUUGAGCCUACGGUACCGAUUGCUCCUCAGCUGGUUAUCCGUCAGGCUCGCAUCUCUGUGAAUUCAGGUAAAUUAUUGAAGGCUGAAUAUAUUCUUAGCAGUCUUAUUAUUGACAAUGGGGCAACAGGAGUAUGGAAGUACUGUAAAGAAAGUGAUCGUAUUCUUGUUCAAUCUGUCUGUAUACAGAUCAGAGGACAGAUUCUACAGAAACUGGGGAUGUGGUAUGAAGCAGCAGAGCUGAUUUGGGCCUCAAUUUUGGGUUAUUUUACGCUUCCCCAGCCAGAUAAGAAGGGAAUAGCUACCUCACUGGGUAUUUUGGCAGACAUCUUUAUAUCCAUGAGUGAAGAUGAUUACAUCAGAUUUAAAAACAAUUCUCAGCUUGGCCUGAACCUUCUUAAAGAAUUUGAUCAUCGUUUACUUUCAGCUGCCGAAGCUUGCAAGCUGGCUGCAGCCUUGAGUCAGUUCACACCAUUGUUUGUGCUCACUGCAGUUAAUAUCCGGGGAAUAUGUUUGCUAACUUACAGCUGUUCAAGUGCAUGUCCUCCAGAAAAGAGAGCAUUUUAUUUAUCACAAGCAAAGGAGUCCUUUGAAAUUGGUUUAUUGAGCAAGAAGGACAAAGAACCAGUCACCAGCAAACAGGAGCUCCACAGUUUUAUCAAAGCAGCUUUUUCCCUCACCAAAGUACAUCAGGGACUGUAUGGGGAAAGCAAGAGCCUUAAUCAGGUGAAUCAGCUGUGCCAGGAAGCUUUGGAGAAGCUUUAUGUUUACAGUUAUUCACUUCAAAAUGAAGAGCAGGAAAAAGAACUGCUUGCUAAUGACAUUAUGUCCCUGGUCAUGUCAGUUAAAGAACAAUUGCAAGUGCAAAAUUUCCCUAAUUCAGAUGCCAAAUCCUACAUUCCAGAUAGCUACAAAACAGAUGUCAAAAAACAGGUUCUGAAUUGUGAUUUGAACUUUGAGGAGGUUCUCAGAAUGUAUUUUCAGCAUCAUGAAUCAGUCUGUGAUGUUUUUGAAAGUACUUGCAGAAACCAUAAAAUUAGACCAGGGAAAGGGAAGGCAAGAACCUGUAUAACAACGCUGAAGACCGAAACCAGAAAUAUGGAUACCAUAGGUGCUACUGAAGCAAAUUCUCAUUAUGAAAAUCACAGUGUAGCAAUCCCAAUUUCACAGAAAGCAAGGAAAAGACAUGAUGGUCUUAAAGACCAAAUGGGAAAGAAAAUGUCUCACAUUGUUACAAGGCAGGUUUCUCUUGAUGAAGAGACGGAAAGUGAAACUUCUGAUGAUCAAAGCAAAGCUGGUGAGAUUUCAGUUGAUUCUCAAAGUGGGAAUAAAGUCUUUAGUGAACUGGGAACUUGGAGCAAAUUGUCCAGAUCAAGCUCCAGUACUAGUUGGGAAGAAAUUGUCAAUAAUAAAAUUGAUCUACCCCAAGGUAAGGUGCAGAAAACAAAGAACACUACAGAGUUGAUUGAAGAUAUUAAAAAUAAAAUUCAAGAGAGUGAUCUUUGUUUAUUAACUAACAAAUUACACAAAAUCACACUUCAACACUCUCAAAAUGACACGGGUUUUUUAAAGCAUCCCUUUCCAAAAAGUAUACCUUUCACUAAUGCACCAAAAGAAUUGGACCCAGACUUAAGAAAGAAGCAUAUGGAGGCAGGAGUGGAUGCUUCAAAGCAGUCACUCAGAGGAGCUAGUAGCAGCAACUCCAAACAAGAUAAAGCAAUUACAUCUGAAAAAGAUCCUUUUGGAAUAAUUUCUUCAGGGAAGAUUUCCAGAACCAAGGACAGCAGCAAUGCUACUAUUUCUAGUAUUAGAAAAGGAAGCAUUGAAGACAAUGCAAACCGUACACAAGAAUUAGGCCCAAUGAAUAGAAAUCAUUGGCAAAUGGUUGACUUAGAAGGAGAAACUGAAGAUGGAACAGAAGAUUCACUAAUGAACCCAGAUCUACCCAGUGAAAAGUCAGUACCUGCUUCUAUAAGAAACAAUGUACUAAAACCUGAAUGUGACCAUUUUGUACAAAAUUGGAUUAACCAAUCUGCCAAUAUGAUGUUAACUGGAUGCUCCUCUAAAAUAUCUGAAGUUAAAACACAAGCAGAAGAUGACUGGGAACUGGUUUCUGAUGAUAGAAGAGAGUUAACAGACCUUCUAAGUCAACCAUUUGCCAGUGAAGGUAUAAUAAAAGAUCCACAAAAUUACACGACUGAGGCCCCAGGUUGUUCAUCAGGAUUGGUCAACAAGCCAGUUGCAAAUCAUUCCAGUGAUUGUACUACAACUGAAGAAGAUGAAGGUGAAAAUAGAAUAGGCAUUUUGAACAGCUCCCCCAGCUCAAGCUCUCUGAAAUCAUGGUACAAAGGACCAAGUUUUUCCAGUAGUUUUUCUGAACUGGGAAGUCCCUCCUUAAUGAAUUCUAGUGGAAGCUCUUUUUCCUUUAUUAGCAUGGUCAAAGAACAAAUGCAACAAGCUCGUAUUCUGAGCAACGAUGAUUACAACAAGCUACUUUCAGGUGUUGAACAAGCUUGGCUAGUUGACAGAAUGAAGAAUACAGGAUUCUUUAAACCAAACCUCCUGCAUAAAACACACUAUGCUCUUCUUUUGAAAUACUCUAAGAUAUCUGGGCUGUGGACAGCUCAGGAGACAGCUGCAUAUAUUGGAGACAACUUGAGUGUGGCAAAGAAAGGCAAGCAGAGGAAUGCUUUUUGGAUACACUUUCUGCACCAAGAAGAAACCCUGGGAAGAUAUGUUGGCAAAGAAUACAAAGAAGAAAAAGAGAUUACGUAUCAUUUCAAUGACGUGGAGCGGCAAAUGACAGCUCAGUACUAUGUGACAGAAUUCAACAAAAGACUGUAUGAGCAAAACAUCCCUACACAAAUCUUUUACAUUCCAUCGGUGGUACUCUUGAUACUAGAAGGCAAGUCUAUCCAAGGAUGUGUGACCGUGGAACCCUACAUUCUAGGAGAAUUUGUGAAGUUAUCCAACAACACCAAUGUAGUAAAAAUGGAGUACAAAGCCACAGAAUAUGGUCUUGCAUAUGGUCAUUUCUGCUACGAAUUUUCCCAAGGCACAGAUGUGGUGGUCGAUUUACAAGGCUGGGUGACUGAUAAUGGAAAAGGCCUCAUUUAUCUUACUGAUCCCCAGAUCCAUUCUGUCUCUAAGAAAGAAACAUCAGGCCUCACAAACUUUGGAAAGAAAGGAAUCUACUAUUUCUUCAAUAAUCAGCAUACAGAAUGCAAUGAAAUCUGUUCUCGUCUUUCAUUGACAAGACCUUCUAUAGAGAAACCAAAGUGAUAUUAGAUAAUG